CAUUAAAAUCUAAGUGGGAGGACCUUGACUAUCACUCUGAUAUUCCAUGGAGGUGUCCUCACGACCAGAUGCAGUACAUGACUGAUAAAUGGGAAAACAGGGUAUUCCUUUUCUUAUCCGGACUGAAUGAUGACUUUGAAAAUAUAAGGGGUCAGAUUCUUAACUCUGACGAAUCAUUUAGUAUUGAAGAUGUCUAUUCCCGUGCUGAAGCUGAAGAACAGAGAAGGCUGCUCUCUAGUGGACGAAAGGGGGAAGAACAGUCUGCCUAUGUUAGCCGUGCCCCUGUUGGAACUCCUCGUUCUUCCCGAAAAUGUACUCAUUGCAAAAAACUUGGUCAUACAAGGGAUUUUUGUUGGGACCUGUAUCCAGAGAAGAAGGAUAGUAGGGGGAGGUCUUCGAGUGGGAAGAAGCCUGUAUCGUCUGCAACAAGUCUGAGUGAUGGGAAAGGUUCUAUUUCUGCAGAGCAGAUUCGUGAGCUACGAGCAUAUUUGAGCAAGAUUGAUGUUGGUCAGGCAGAUACACCAGAUGAGGUGAAGAUCAAUCAGGCAUUGGCUGUUUCAGGGGGAGAAGGACUUGGUGACAGGGAAGAGGAUUGGGAUUGGUUUGGUGUCUGAUGGGCUGUAUCGGCUUCCUAUACGCGUUGUCACAGCUCUUAUGUCAGCAGUCAGCAGAACAGAGAAGAAGGAGGAAGAGUGUCGUCAGUUAUUUUUGUUUUGGCAUGAACGCCUUGGUCAUCUCCCAUUUGGGAUUUUGAAACAUUUGUUCCCUGAACUAUGUUCUAGUUUAAACAUUUCCAUGUUAUCAUGUGAUGUGUGUCAGU